GAGGCAUUUAUUUGUACUGGUGUUGGCUUUUGUCUUCCAUUCAAUAACGUAGUGUUCUGUCUCGUUAUAGCACUGCUAAAGGUUAUAUGGAGUUUUUAGAUGUCAACCUGGAGGAACUUGCUUCGGCUUUUCACGAAGAAAAAAGUUUCGGAAAAAGAUGCAGCAAAGCACCUAGCGAUCUAACUGAGGCAAAAAAGUGCUGCAAAAAGUUUCCGAAAUUCCAGACGUACACACUUUUUACCGGACAUGGUUGCAUUCAUGAGGUUGUUUAUCCUGCUGGCCGUGCACUCCAAAAAAUGCAGAGAGUGGAGAUGCCCGCAAAAGAUUAUUCUUUCACGUUAGAUCCAUUUCAGCAACGUGCUAUUCUUUGUAUUGAGAACGAACAAUCUGUCAUGGUAUCCGCUCAUACUUCCGCUGGUAAAACUGCGGUUGCAGAGUAUGCAGUUGCUAAAAGCCUGAUUCAGAAGCAGCGUGUUAUUUACACAACACCUAUAAAAGCCUUAAGUAAUCAAAAGUUUCGUGAGUUUUCCGAGAUUUUUAAGGAUGUUGGCCUUAUGACUGGUGACAUAACUAUUAACCAGGAAGCAACUGUUCUUAUUAUGACGACUGAAAUACUGAGAUCGAUGCUAUACAGAGGAUCAGAAAUCACGCGUGAAGUUGGAUGGGUCAUUUUUGAUGAAAUCCACUAUAUGAGAGAAAAAGAGCGCGGUGUUAUCUGGGAAGAAACUAUCAUCUUGCUGCCGGAUAGCGUUGGACUUGUUUUUCUCAGUGCAACAAUCCCAAAUGCCCGCGAAUUUGCCGAAUGGAUAGUAUUUUUGCAUGGCAAGCCCUGUCAUGUUGUUUCAACAGACUAUCGUCCCGUACCACUUCAGCAUUAUGUUUUCCCCUGUGGCGGAGAUGGUAUACAUUUGGUAGUUAAUCAAAAUCGUGAGUUUCUGGAGUCCAACUUUAACAAUGCCCUACAUGUAUUGCAAAAUGCUGGUGGCAAUGCAGUCUCCGAUACGAGGUCACGUGGACGCAAUAAUGGCAGCACUCGCGUUGAACCACAUUGCUUAAAGUUAGUUAAAUUAGUAAUGGAUCAAAAUUUGGAGCCGCUUAUUGUGUUUUCGUUCAGUAAAAUGGAUUGUGAAUAUUAUGCUAUGCAGCUAAACAAAAUGAAUUUUAGUACUGACUCUGAGAAGACUGCCAUUGAAAUAAUAUUUAAUAAUGCGAUCGAGAAUCUUACCGUUGAAGAUAGGAAACUUCCACAGGUUCAGAUUUUAUUACCUGUGUUACGUCGUGGAAUUGGGAUACACCAUGGAGGUUUAUUACCGAUUUUAAAAGAAAUCGUUGAAGUAUUGUUUGCUGAAGGUUUGAUAAAAGUACUUUAUGCUACUGAAACUUUUGCAAUGGGACUCAAUAUGCCAGCUCGUACUGUAUUGUUCACAUCAACUCGUAAGUUCGAUGGCCAUGAGUUUCGCUUGAUUUCGUCUGGAGAGUACAUUCAAAUGUCUGGACGCGCAGGUCGUCGUGGGAAAGAUACACGUGGAACUGUGAUAAUGAUGUUAGAUGAUCGUAUCAGUUCAGAUGAAGCUAGAAAAAUUCUGCUUGGUGAACCAGAUCGACUAGACUCAGCAUUCUACUUAACCAACAAUAUGAUACUUAACUUACUACGUGUUGAAGAUAUUAAUCCUGAAGUUAUGUUAAAAAAAAAUUUUCAUCAGUUUCAAUGUAGAUCGGAAUUACCUGUUCUUGAAAAGCGUCUCGAGGAUCUCGAAAAUCUUAACGACAAAAUAUGUUUUCCAAAGGAUGUGGAUGUCGAUCAACUACAUGCAUAUAUCAAACUCCAACGGGCUGUUUCUGCGUGUGAAUCUGAGCAGUGGUCAUUAGUUUCACAAAGAAAGUGUAUUAUACCUUUUCUUCAACCUGGUAGAGUGGUUCGAGUCAAAAGUCCUGACAAUGUUGAUUUCGGGUGGGCAAUUGUUAUACACAUUGAUCGUUCCCAUUAUGCAAAUGGAAGCUCUGAACGUGAUAACGGGAUUUCAGUUACUUGUCUUAUGGAAGUUGCUGAGAAUCAUAUUUUACACAAUUCAGAUUUCACCAAAAAGCCAGUACCUCUUUCACUUAUGAAACCAUUCAGUGAUAGCGAUUUCCAAAUUCAUCCCAGUGCUGAAACAUCGGUCAUUCAAAUGGUGUCUGUGCCAUUUGUUUGUUUGUCUUCUAUUUCGAGUGUUUGUCUUAAUUUAAGUGCACUAUUCGAAUGUGACUACAAAAAUACUCAGAUGUUACGCAACAAAUUGUUUCUUCAAUCAGAACAUGUUAAACGAAAAAUUUGGGAUGGCGUUAGUCGUGCUGAAGAGAAAUUGGGCGGGAGGUUACCUACACUCGAUCCUAUUAAGGAUUUAAAUAUUAUGGAUGACCGUAUUAAACAACAAUCUGAAACGAUUGCUUUACUGAAGGCGCGAAUGGAAAUGAAUACAGUGUCUACACGUACUGACCUUAAAUAUCUUAUUGAUCAAUUCAAUCGGAGAGCUACCAAUUUAAUGAAGAUAGAACGUAUUCGUGAACGCAUGAAUAAAGCAGAUUCCCUUUCUUUACAUGGGGAAUUGCUUGCGAGGAAAAGACUUCUACGAAGACUGCAUUUUUGUUCAGAGGAUGAUACAAUCGCACUAAAAGGUCGUGUUGCCUGUGAAAUAUCUAGCGGUGAUGAGCUCAUGCUAACUGAACUGUUACUGGAUGGAUUCUUCAACAAAUUCUCUGCAGCACAAUUAGCGGGUGUCAUGUCUUGCUUUGUUUCAGAAAAACAAACUAAGCAAAAUCAGUUAAAUUUAACCCCUGUAAUGGAAAAGGCAUUGAGAAGUAUUCAUGUAAGUUUGUUAUUUCAGCUGUACAUAUGUGUUAGUGUUUGUAUUGAUGUUCGUGCGAUGCAUCGAGAAGUACGAUAUGUCCAUUUCGCUCUCCCAGGGUUUCCUAAAUAGUUAAGCUGGGAGGAAGGCUACUUUAAAGUUCAUCGAUCAACACCAUCUGACCUUUGAAAAAUAAUGUGUAAAUAUGGGUAUAAAAUGUUCGAGUUACCUAUUCCUAUAUAAAUGUUUUUCUUUCCACUGCAUUUAAACGGCAACUGAGUCGUUCUGAAGUUCGCAAAACUCUCACUGAUUUCGUUUUUUGUUUUAAAUUACUAAGGAGAAAGCAAGAUACAUCGCAAGAAUUUCCUCUGAGUGUAAGAUUGUUCGUCAUUGUUCUCCGGAUGACAACGAAGAUAAGUCAAGCAUCGAUGGCCACCCAGAUCGCUGCUCGAGUCUUCAAGGUGAUGAAUCUACUUACGUAAAUCACUUUGUUGGUGACUUAAUGGAAGUUGUUUGCGCUUGGGCUGAAGGUGUCACUUUUUCUCGUCUUUGCGAAUUAACAAAUGCAUUUGAAGGAAGUAUAAUAAGGUGCAUUCGAAGACUGGAGGAACUUCUGAAUCAAAUGCAUAAUGCAGCAAAAGUGGCAGGAAACACGGAAUUGGAAAAUAAAUUUCUGGAAACUGCCGUUUUAAUCAAAAGAGACAUAAUUUUCUCCGCGAGCCUGUAUCUUUGACAAAUGUUAUAAAUAUUUUAAUUACCAGA